CUCGCGUCGAGGCUAGGCUCACUGUCAAUUCGAGAGCUGCGAGGAGUACGCUCGCGUUUAUUACGUAGUGUUUAUAGUGAAGUGUGCGAUCAGUGAAAAAUUUCGAAUGCCGUGAAGUGAAAAAAAAUUGUGUCAACUUGUGAAAAGUGCAACUUAUGUGAUCAACAUGUUAUCGUUUGUGUAUUAUUAAGUGAUUUAUCAAAAUGUGCAAGGCACCGUGGUGUGCAAAAUUGAUUUUUGCCACGUAGUGACGCGAACGGGUAAUGAUUCCUAAUGUGGAGUUUGAAGCAAGAUGGUUAGAGAGACUCGGCACCUGUGGGUUGGAAAUUUACCCGAUAACAUACGCGAAGAUCGAAUAAGAGAACACUUUAAACGCUAUGGCCGAGUCCAGAAUGUCAAGUUAUUGGGUCGAAUGGAGAACGCAAGCACGGGUGCCGGUGGGGGUUCUAAUAGCGGUGUUUGUGCCACUGUUGCCUUUAUGGACAUUAAGUCCGCUUCAAAGGCUCAUAACAUCGAACACGUCCUCGACGAACGAACUCUUACCACUGAAUAUUACGAACCGGCUGCGAUACCAUCUGCUGCGGGCGCUCCGUCGGCCGGCUCCUCACCUGCCGGCUCUGGCUACUCAGGUUCUUCAUCCUCCGUGAAUUCUACAUCGGCGCCUGCUUCCACAACGCGGUAUCAUCUCUCAGGUGAAGAAAACGCGAAUAAUACGUGUGCAAUGGCUGCAUCCGCGGCAGCUCCUGCCACAUGGCGGGGGACCAACGACAGUGCGACGGAGUUCUGUCGGCGAGGGAAUACGCCCGCCACGUAUGGCAGGUACCACCAGCGAACCAAUGCACCAUAUGCCACGCCACCUUCCAACACUGAAAGAACUACACCUCUUCAUCGGUGGUAUGGUAGCGGCGAGCGGACGGGAGGCGCGACCGGCGGCGAAAGCACGCCGAGCACGCCCGGUGGUGGUACAGAGCGGCGGCGGCGGCAGUCGGGCUCCGGGUCGUCGCGCUCGGAGUCCAGCUCGCCUGAGCCCAGUGACACGUCGCGAGCGUCCACCCCCGCCGCGCCACCACCCGCCAACCAGCAGCAUCCGCACCCUCAUCACGCCAACCACAGGACCCCUUCGACGCACCCGCACCAGUGGGGAGCAUCAACAGCAAAUGGAAGACCUCUUGCAAUCUGUGUUAGAAAUUUACCUACAAGGUCGACCGAUAGUUCCCUGAAAGAUGGUCUCUACCAUGAAUACAAAAAGCACGGAAAAGUUGUUUGGGUAAAAGUUGUUGGUCAAAAUGCGGAUCGGUAUGCGGUGGUCCGCUUUAAAAAACCGUCCGAUGUAGAAAAGGCUCUAGAAGUGUCACAGGAUAAACUUUUUUUUGGUUGCAAGAUCUCUGUGGCUCCUCACCAAAGUUGCGAUGAUGACGCCGAGUCGGCGAAACCCUAUGAGACUGAUAUUGAUGAAUACCACCCCAAGGCGACUCGGACGUUAUUUAUCGGGAAUUUGGAGAAGGAUGUAACACAGCAACAACUGCGGGAUAAGUUCAAGCAUUUCGGUCGAAUAAUAGAAAUUGACAUCAAGAAGGGCAGUGGUGGAGGCGCGGGCUACGCUUUCUGUCAGUAUGCGUCCAUAUCCAGCGUGGUGGAAGCGAUCCGAGCAAUGGAUGGCGAAUAUGUGGGCAGUUCAAGAGUAAAACUCGGUUUUGGAAAGCCUGUCGCCACCACUUGUGUUUGGGUCGACGGUCUCACGGAACACACGGAAAAACAGGUGCUGGCGGCGAUAUCGCGGUGCGGCGCGGCGACGUCCGUGUGCGUGGACCGCGCGGCGGGCGCGGCGCUGGUGCACUUCGAGCAGGCGGCCGCGGCCGGCGCCGCCGUGCGCGAGCUGCGCCGCCUCGCCGCGCACCUCUCGGCCGCCGAGCCCGACCAGCCGCGUCUUUGCGUCGACUACGCCUCCAGGGAAUGUCAGGAUGCAUUCUACGAGCAGUUGGAGAAACACGGUGGAUCUUCGACUCUUUCGAGUUCUGAGCGGUUGAAUGCUGACCUAACAGGCCGCUACCUUCCGACUGCAAGGCAUGAACAAUUGAGAUAUGAGACCGGUACGUCACGAUCUCGUGCACCAAGUUUUGGACGAGGUUCGUCCAGAACACCCAGAUAUACACACGAUCAUUACGAUCCAACCGACUAUGCGGCCGAUCGCAGAUACAGGGUAUAUGAAGAAUUGGGGUCUAGUCCACCAACGGACGAGGCCCCCUAUGAUGAUCGGCUGCAAUCUGUUGUCGUGUCACCGCAUCGCGCUCAUAGACAUCGACAUGACUCCAGCCCUGAAGAUAGAAAACAUUCUAAAUGGAAGCUUGUUUUCGGUACAGUUUUCGAAUAA